AUGAACAUCAUCUCGCGGCUAAUCCCGCUGUUGCUGACCCUGCUGCACUUUGUGAACAGUCAAUUUAGCAAAGACGGAGGGAAGGAUGCCAAUAGUGGAGGUGUACCCAUCAGGCAAUAUCACGUGGCCGGGAGAUGCUUCAUUGGUGCCUCCACCCCCAAUAAGCGUUACCUAUUUGGGAAAAACAGUGGAGUUGUAAAGAAAUUCAAGACAAGUUUUAGCAUAAAGGAUCUCCAAAAUGUGCUGAAGAACAUUCCACAGAUAAAUUAUCCCAUUUUGUCUGCCCCACUGGGAGUAAUACUUCGUCUGAGUAACAUCUUGGCAUUCAUGUUAUCUCUAAACGCGUUGAAGCUGAUAAGGAAUGAACAUAGAACUGCUCUGACGGACAUAACUGAUAACAUAAGCUCCAGGAUAUUUUUGCUAAAUGCGAUAAAUGACGUGGUUAGGAAAAUGCCUGAGGAGGCCCCUCAGUUGUGUAAAAUUUCCCUCUUCUGCGUCGCCCAAUUUUGUACACAGUUUUUUUUUUCGCGCGUAACUGCGUAUUUGUUUUACGCUAGGGAGGAGAGGGGUGUCAUAACCGAUGGGGGAGAUAACGGACGAGUGCUGGUGGAGAAAGAGGGUCAGAAGGAGAUCCACCUGGACGGGGAAAGGGAUGGCGUCCCGCCAACCGCAGGGGUCACUCCGCAAGAAGAACAGGAGAAAAACAACGCCAUAAUAAGAGCCGAUCUGAAUAGCCUAAAAACAACGAAGCAUGAGGAAGACGCGGGAAAAGCAGAAAAAAUAAACAUGCUACAGCACAUGUGCGUGCUAAACCAGUCCGGACUGAUACCAAUAUUUGUCUACGGAAACCUGUCGAAAAGGCUCCACUAUGAAGAGAAAAACAUUUCCCUGUUUGUUAACUGUUAUGUGAUAAUUAGCGGCAUUUUAUCGAAAAUUUAUGUAAAAUUCUUUGUAAAAAAAAGAAAAAUAGACAUAUCAAGCGAUGAGAUGAAGGGAAUUUGCCUAUCGUCCAUGUUCACUUCCCUUUUGAGGAAUUCCUAUUUUCGCUUCCUUUGCAUUUCGAUUUUUUUCAAAAUUUUUAACAAAGCUAAUGCAUUUUAUGACCAGUUCAUCAAACAGUCAACGAUUAUGUUUAACACCAUCUUGACUCCAUCUGUGUAUGUAAUCCUGUCAAAUAUUUUGUAUGAAGGAAUUAAAUUGCCUUCUCCUGUAUCUUUUAAAGAUCUUCUAUUCGUGUUGCGAAAUAGAUACCUUUUGUUUCCUUCCCUCAUUUGGGCCAUGCUGCACGUGAGCAAUCGCUACGGAGUUUUUAAGUUUGGCAAAAACUUACAGCUGUACUUCCUACUCCAAGCCAUGACCCCUCCAAACUACAACCUCUUCCAUUUGGCGAAAAAUUAUGGAGAGCCAAAGAACAUUAGGAAGAUCCUCAGCGUGUCCUACCCCUUGUAUCUCGUAGCCUUAUACUUUUAUGCCCUAGCCCUGUUUAGUUAUUUUAAGAAUUGA